AUUUUGGUGACUGGCUCACACCAGGUAUAGAAGUGCGUAUAGUAACGACAGGAAUUCAAUCAUUUGAAAAUGGUAGAUAUGAUAAUCGAGUCGGAGUAGUAGUAAGUUUAAAAGGUCCUAGUACAGGAUUUCUUAGAUUAGAUGAUAGUGAUGGCAUGACUGUGACAGUAGAUCAAAGUUAUUUGAGACCUACUGAAGUACAAAGAAGAGAUGACAUUAAAGUAAUUUUUGGUGAACAUAAAGGCGAAUUAGGUUUUUUGGCUGCUAUAGAUAAUUUAGAAGGUGUUGUUAGGUCUCAAGGCGGUGAUCAUUCUUUUAUUAAUAUUUAUUAUUUAGCUAAAUAUAGAGGUAAAGAAAUUGAAGAUCUCAUGCAAGCACCAUAG